AUGAAAAUAGAAGAUCUCAAUUCAUAAAUUAUGUAAGUAAAAUUGAAUGAAUAAAAAAUACAUAAGUAUUAUAAAGAGGAAUUGGAAAUUAAGACAUUAAAAUUAAAUACAGAACUUGCUUAAGUGAAAUUUGAAAAGUAGGAUUAAUUGGAAAAAUUUGAGAUUGAAAGAAGAUCUUAUUUAUAAUAAUUAGAAGUCUUCAGUACUAAAUUGAAUGAAGUUAAAAUCGAAUUGAUAAAUGAAUAUGAAUAUAAGAUUUAAUCAUAAAGAAUGAAAAUGGAUAAUUAAAUUUAAAAACUUAAAGAGGAAUCUUAAGAUUAUAAAAAUUAAUCUUUGUAAUAUAUAGAAAAAAAUAAAAUUCUACAAUUUUAAAUUGAUAAAUAUUAGCCAUAUAUUGUUAGUUUAGAAAAGGAUGUAUAAGAUCACAAAUAUAAAGUCUUUUUAUUUGAUGAAUAAAUUAAAGCAAAAGAUUCCAAACUCCUUUAAAAAGAUAUAUUAAUUGAUUAAUUAAAGUAUUAAUUUAUAUCUAAUUAGUGAAUAGAUCAAAAGAUUGAAAUAAGAUAAAACUUAGCCAGGUACAAGGGAAAAUGUUAGAAAAUAGAGUUCUAUGAAUAAAAGUUCAUCUCCAGAUAAAUUAUAAUAAUAAUAAAAAAGUUAUUAAUAAAGGUAGAUUAUUAAAUAAAGAGAACCAAUAAAAUAAACAAGCAAUCCUGAAUCAGCAGUUUAAUCUUCUCAUAAAAGGACUUCUAUAUAAAAAGAUGAAUUUGUAUUUGAAGAAACAACAAUAGAAUAAUAUGUUGAAAACAAUCGACAAGAGAUUAUACAAUCAAUUAAUUAAAGAAGUAGAUAAUCUUCAAUAGAUGAUUAACCUAUUUAAUAGAUAUAAAUAAUAAAAAUAGUUUCUAAUGAAGUAUCAUCAAGUAAUAGAAAUAAUGAUGUAUUAUAAAAUACAAUCAUUUAAAACAAUAAAUCCUUAUAAACUACUUAAAGAGUAUGGACUAUUUAGAAUGACUUUAGUGUUUAAUGUGAUUUCAUUGAAAAUAGUUAAAAUAUAUCUUCUUAAUAUACUUCAGAUUCAUAAUUGAUUAAGUGUAAAAAUGAAAUAAUUCGACUCUAAGAAGAGUAUGAAUUUAAAUUGAAGAGUAAUUAAGAUUAAAUUAGUGAUAUGUAAGAUAUGAUGAAAAUCUCUUAGCUUAAACAUGAAUAAUAAAUUGAUUAAUUAAAAAAAGAAUUUGAAUAAUAAUUAUAAUAAGAAUUAUUAAAGAAAGACUAAUAGAUUGCUUAAUUAGAAUAAAUAAUUAAUGAAAAAGACUAAAGAAUUAAAGGCUAUGAAGAAUCAGAAUAAUUAUAUGAAGUAUUAAUAGAAGAUUUAAAUCUAAAAUUAUAAUAAAAAGAUUAAGAAUAACAACAACUCUUAAAGAAAUUUCAAGAUGAUAUUUAAUAAUUAUAGAGUGAAAAUGCAAUAGAAUUAAAAAGACUUUUAGAUUUAAAUGAAAAUUUGAAAUUAAUUCAUAAAUAAGAAAUCGAAAAUUUAAAUAAUUAACAUAAAUUAGAUUAGGAAUAACUUAUAUAAGAAAGGAAAAAAUUAAGAGAAUAAUAAAUUGAUCAUGAAUCCUUUAUAAAAUAAACUACAGAUUAAUUAUAGUAAGCUAAAUCAAAAGAAUAUUUAUUAGAUAGUUAUAGGAGAGAAUUAUUAAAAACUAAUGAAAUUGUUAAAUAUUUAUCAUUAGAAAUUGAAAAUUUUAAAAAGAUUAAUAAUAUUUUUAGAACAAAGAAUGAUCAUAUUUCUUAAACAUUUCUAUAUAAUGGUAUGGGAUUUCUACCAACAGAAGUAUAAGAUAAAAUAAAGAAUAAAAUGAAUAAAGUAAAAUACAAAUAGAGUAUACCUUCAAAUAUUGCAAAAGAUGCUUACUAAAUGAAUUUUUAGCUAUAAAAGGGUUCUAAAAUGAAACCAGCAAAAUUGGCAUCAAAAACUAGUAAUAUACAAGAUUUUCAAAAUUAAAAGUGAGUAUAUUGUAUAUAUAUAAUUAUAGAUAAGAGAUAAAAGUUAGAAUUGAAUAAUUGAAUGAUUUUAAUGAUGGAUUACCAAAAAUUAAUUCUAAAAAUGUUUAAGAAUUUGAGAGAUCUCUUUCAGAAUCAAAAUAAAAAACAUUAAAUAAACAAUUUAGAUCAAGUAUUAUAUUUAAUUAAUAAAUAAUUUAGAAACUUAAUAAGAAGAUUAAGUUGAAGUAAAUGAUCCUAAAAGAAUUAUUUAAGAUAUUAAUUAAAAAGAAUUGCUAUUGAUUUAGCGUAGUCAAAUGUUAUUAUCUUAGUUGAAUUCUACUACAGAGAAUUAUUAAAAAUAAAACCAAAGAAAAAUCAAUUAUAGUACUUGUAAAAUAUGA